AUGGCUUUCCACAAGCUCACUCGAUCUCAACGUCUGAUGGCCAUUAUUGUCAUCUCAUUCAGCUUCUUUGUCGCAGAACUCUCGAUUGGAUUCAAGACCCGCUCGCUUGCUCUUGUGGCCGAUGCCUUCCAUUAUAUGAACGAUUUGAUUGGAUUCAUAGUCGCACUUGUGGCGGUUAAGGUUUCCGAACAGCCUCAGACCCCCCGCAACCUUGCGUUCGGCUGGCAGCGCUCGCAGCUGCUGGGCGCCUUCUUCAAUGGCGUUUUCCUCUUAGCGCUUGGCGUCAGUAUCUUGCUUCAGUCCAUUGAGCGAUUCGUCGCACUACAACAUGUCGAAAAUCCCAAGCUGGUUCUCAUCGUCGGAUGCAUCGGUCUAACACUGAACAUCAUCAGCGCCUCGUUCUUACACGAGCAUGAGCAUGAGCCACCAGCGACAGGAGCCUUCGAAGAUGAUAACAGGAAUGCUGUUAGAAGACUUUCUGGAACUCACGUCGGACACCGUCACCCGAGCAUCAGCAGGCCGAAGAAAAAUGACCACGACCUCGGAGUCCUUGGAGUUCUCAUCCACGUGAUUGGAGAUGCCAUCAACAACGUUGGUGUCAUCAUAUCUGCCUUGGUAAUCUGGCUCGCAAAGUACCCAGGGAGAUUUUAUGCAGAUCCAGGAGUCAGCACUGGUAUCGCAUUUAUGAUCCUGGCCUCCGCCGUCCCUCUCGUCAAGAACAGUGGAUCGAUUCUAUUAGAGAGUGUUCCGCUUGGUGUCAAUUUGGAGGACAUCCGACACGACCUAGAAUCGAUUCCUGGCGUUGCCUCUGUCCACGAGUUACACGCAUGGCGUCUCAAUCAGAGCAAAGCCAUUGCUUCAGCGCACAUCGUAACAAAUGACUCCUCCUUGUCGCAUUUUAUGGCGCAGGCGGAACGCAUUGGCGAAUGUCUUCAUGCCUAUGGCAUCCACUCCGUCACACUCCAGCCCGAACUCGUGGAUGGGACGGGCGGUGACCGGGUACCUGUAGCGCAGAACGAGACUCCAGGUCUGCGUGCUCGACGGGGCGCCGAUGCAGUAUGUCGCAUUGCUUGCGGGACUGGUUGUGAGCCUUUAAUGUGCUGCAACUGA